AACUAAAACAAAAGCAAAAUAUAACACAGUACAAAGAAACCCUACUUCUAUUUUCAUCUAAACCUCACAGCCUCCACCCUCUCAAGCCUCUUUGCAAUCACCAAAACUUGCUGCCGUCGCCGAUCUGUCAUCGCCGCCGCCCUUGCUGCCGUCGCCGAUCUGUCAUCGCCGCCGCCCUUGCUGCAGUCAUCGUCGCCGUCGCCGUCGCCCUUGCUGUAGUCGUCUCCGCCCUCGGAGCAGUCGGCUUCUCCUUCGCCGUUCAUCAGGUAUAUACUGGAGUGCUGCAGCAUUUUAUGGUUUACAAAAUCUACUGGCUGAGAAACGGGGGGUGUUCAUGAUGUUUUCAAUAUUGCAGGUUCGGGUAGUAUGCGGGUAUUCCUAUUAGGAUUUGGGACUUGUUCGGGUAACAAGAAGAACUUCUUAAUCGGAUUUCGGACGGGUUCAUUUAUUUGUUAUUUAAACGGAUUCGGGUUCAGAUAUCAUUAAGUGAGCGGGGAGCUAUUGAGGUCAGAUAAUUAUGUUAGUUUCUUCUAGACUUUCAAGAAUUGGAUCUGGGAUUGUUAAGCAACUUUCAAGAGGUAUAUGUACAUCCUUGAGUAGAACAGAAUUUGUACGAACACCUUAUAGUCAAUAUUGGCGACCUCAAGGUGAAUUACAUCCAGAGACUAAGGGAUUCCGAGGUACCUUAUCUCCCAGGUAUCAUCUGUUUUCUACGACAGCUUCUGGUAAUGAUAUUGCGGACGGAGAUGAACAGAAGCACAAAAUAUCUGUUACAUUCGUUGAUAAAGAUGGAGAGGAAAAGCACAUCAAAGUUCCUCUUGGAAUGUCUAUGUUAGAAGCCGCUCAUGAAAAUGACAUAGAACUUGAAGGAGCAUGCGAAGGGUCACUUGCGUGCUCAACGUGUCAUGUGAUUGUCAUGGAUAUGGAACACUACAACAAAUUAGAAGAUCCAACAGACGAGGAAAAUGACAUGUUGGAUUUGGCCUUUGGGCUCACUGAAACUUCUCGUCUGGGUUGCCAGGUGAUUGCAAAGCCUGAAUUGGAUGGAAUACGCUUAGCUAUUCCGGCUGCCACACGAAACUUUGCUGUUGACGGGUAUGUUCCGAAACCACACUAGACAUGGCGCGACCCUGGUAAAAUGUACGCUGAGUGUAAAGGAUGCAGGCAUGCCAAUUUUGUAGCUACCAUAUUGUAUUCAACCAAUACACAUUUUCGAUCCUAAUGUUAUUGUUUUCGCUAUUGAUUAUUACGCACAUAUUUCAGUUAAUAAUUUUUUUUAUGGUACCAA